UUGCCUAGCGAGGCGCCGUAAACAACGGGUACGGACAGGCGGCCGCCGCCGCGCCUGGCUCCGCCGCGGCCUGCCGACCUCCCCGCCCUGCGCCUCUGUCAGCGGCCGGCCGUGCGGGAGCCGGGGGACGGCCUGGCGGGGCGCAGGACGGCGGACCACGCCGGACCGUAGCGGGACUCCACGGUCCCGCUAGGCCGGGCGCUUGGAUUCCGCGGCCCCGGGCGACUUCGAGACCCAGGCGUGAUCCCGUUCCCGGCUUCUUUCAGGUUUGGAGUAAAAGUUGCAGACAGCUGCGAAUGAGGUGAACACAGGAGUGGUAACAGAUUUCUUGUUGACUAUGUGAAUACUGAGUGGGGAGCACAGGGAUGGAGUCUGGCAUGGAGGAGAUCCCAGUUAAAGUUGCAGUUCGAAUCAGACCUCUGCUUUCUAGAGAAGUACUUCAUAACCACCAAGUGUGUGUGAGAUUAGUCCCAAAUACACGACAAAUUAUCAUUGGGAAAGACCGUGUCUUCACUUUUGAUUUUGUGUUUGGCAAAAACUCGACCCAAGAAGAAGUUUAUACUGUUUGCAUUAAGCCUCUUCUAGUGUCUUUGACUGAGGGAUACAAUGCUACAGUGUUUGCAUAUGGACAGACAGGUUCUGGGAAGACUUACACCAUUGGAGGCGGUCACAUUGCAUCAGUUGCAGAGAAUGAAAAGGGCAUAAUCCCACGGGCUAUUCAGGAAUUAUUUCAGCAUAUUUCUGAAAACCGUAACAUUGACUUCCAUGUGAAAGUAUCUUAUAUAGAGGUUUACAAGGAAGAACUUCGAGAUUUAUUAGAGUUGGAGACAUCUGUGAAAGAAUUACAUAUCCGAGAAGAUGAAAAGGGAAAUACAGUGAUUGUCGGUGCUAAGGAAUUCCAAGUAGAAUGUGCAGAUGAAGUGAUAAGCCUGUUGGAAAGUGGCAAUGCAGCUCGUCACACAGGCACAACACAAAUGAAUGAGCACUCCAGUCGAUCACAUGCCAUUUUUACCAUCAGUAUUUGUCAGAAACAGUCUGCAGAGUCUCAAAGAAAUACUGAUGCUGCACAGGAUUCAUCUUGGAAAUCAAUCCAGAUGAUUGCUUCAAAGUUUCAUUUUGUGGAUUUGGCAGGAUCAGAGAGGGUGACAAAGACUGGAAAUACUGGUGAACGCUUCAAAGAAUCAAUUCAGAUCAAUAGUGGUCUGUUGGCCUUGGGAAAUGUCAUCAGUGCCCUUGGAGACCCAAAAAGGAAAAGCGUACAUAUUCCAUACAGGGAUGCUAAAAUCACUCGUAUUCUGAAAGACUCCCUUGGAGGAAAUGCCAAGACUGUGAUGAUAGCAUGUAUAAGUCCAUCCUCAUCGGACUUUGAUGAAUCCUUAAAUUCCCUCAAAUAUGCCAACAGAGCAAAAAACAUUAGAAAUAAACCAGUUGUAAAUUACAACCCUGAUCAAGACCGGAUUGAUGAAAUGGAACUUGAAAUCAGAUUGCUUCGAGAAGCUUUGCAGAACCAGCAAGUGAGUAGUCAGUGUUCACACGACUUAAAUCAAGAAAGAACUCGUAUCAGUUCACUUGAGGAGCAGCUCACCCGGCUUCAGGUUCAAUGUUUCAGUUAUAGAAAUUGUGUAGAUGAAGCCUUCCCAUUUCUGGUUGAUUUGAAUGAUGAUAUUAGCUUAAAAAGAAGUCAACGGGACAGGUUGCAGAGCUGGAUCACUAUGGUACAGGAAGUAAGGAAGGAAGCUCUCACCAUGCAGGAAAUUAACACAGAGACUGGGACCAGCCAAGAGCCACAUCACAUCACAAUUCUUCAGCUAAAGAGGGAACUAAAGAAAUGCCAGCAGGCUCUAGUUAUGGAUGAAGAAGUAUUUAGCCAGAAGGAUCAUGAACUGCAGAUACUGCAGAAUCAGAUAAAGACACUAUUACAGGAAAAUGAAGAACAACUAGAAUCUUUAAAGGAGGCUCAAGAAACACAUAGAUUACAGAAUGAGAAAGUGGUGGAACAGCAAAUGCUUAUUGAUCAGCUAAAAGAAAAAUUAGAGAAGUUUACAGAUAUGAAAACUUUGGACCUCUCAAGUGCUUGUGGAAAUGGGCCAGCUGUUGUGGCAUCUGCAAGGAGGCCAUACAGUGUCCCACUCACAAAGAGCCUGCUACAGUCCCAUCACCCACCUUCACGGACAGAGACCCGAAAGGUGUAUACCAGCCCCCCUGCCUUCUCCCUGGCUCGGGUAAUGGCAGAAUUCCGUGCUCGCAGCCAGAUGAUACUGAGCAACAUAGAAGAUCAGGAUAAAGUCCUUCACUGCCACCUCUCUGAUCACAGCGAUGAAGAGGAAGAAAAUAUGGGCAGAAAAAAGAAAACCUCAUUUAAGCAUUCCAUAAACCGAACAUGGACACGAAAACAGGCUUCUCUGUGCUUUCUUCCUGAUCUAAGUGACAUGAAGUAUCAAGUAAACAAGUCUGGUUUAUCCAACAAAUCUGUGCAACAGACUGACACAACCACAGGUGAAGAGAUUGACACCCUCCAGAAAAGUCAUGUUUUUAACAUGCAGAAGUUAAAGAAUUCAGAGUUGAGACUCACUGAGGCCGAGCAAAAAAUGAGAGAACUUGCACUUAAUAUCAAAAUGAAAGAGGAACUUAUUAAGGAAUUAGUAAGAACAGUGCUACUGAUCUCUUCGUGGACAUGUAUUUGUCACAUGGUGUCUGGGAUAGGAGAGAAGAUACAUCACUGUGCUGGGAAUGUAAGCAUUCCCAGCAUUGCAGUAGAGAAGCAGGAGUCAGAAGUGGAUGAGGGAAAAGGUAAGGAUGCUGAGUCUGUAAGUAGGCAAUAUUCUUUGAAGAUAACUAAGCUGGAGCAAGAAUCUGAGCAGGCCAAAAUGGAACUGGCUGAAACACAAAAGCGACUUCAGGAGCUGGAGAGUAAGGAACUGAGAGACAUUCCUGAAAAAAACAAAUUGCAGAAAGAGUUCCGGAAGAAGAUGGAUGCAGCUAAAUUGAAAGUGCAGGCCUUACAGAAGAAGCAGCAAGACACUAAGAAUCUGGCUUCCUUAUCUAACCAAAGUGAGAGACAAGCAACAGAACUUGAGCAGAAUGUGGCUCAAAUGAAGCAUCAGCAGACCCAGCUACAGAAGAGACUGUGUGAGGAGAGCGAAAAAAAGAAGCAACUAGAAGCAGAGAUUCAGCGGGACCAGCAACAAAUUAAAGAACUUCAAGUAAAGAUGGAGCAACAACAGAAGAUCCUUAAACUUAAGGAUAAAGAGAUUGCUGCAUUUAAAAAGAAGAAAAAUAACUCAGUGGGAACUUCACAGAAGCUACAGAAACUAGAAGAGCAAAAGAAAUGGCUGGAUGAAGAAAUGGAAAGAAUUCUCCAACAGCACCAACAGUUAGCAGAACUAGAAGAAGAUUUAAAGAAAAGAGAAGCCAUUGUAGCAAAAAAAGAAGCGUUAUUGAAAGAGAAAAGCCACCUGGAAAUCAAGAAACUGAGAUCUAGCCAGGCUUUAAACAAAGAUAGUAUGAAAUUGUCUACUCGCUUAAGUAUGCUGGAUCAGGAACUGUGUGAUAAAGGUAUGCAGCUUCAGGGCAGUACCACUGAAGAUAAGAUGGACAUUUUGGAAAAAAUUCAGGUUCUCCAGGCAGAAAGGGAUCAGCUGCUCAGAAGGAGAAAUAGUGUGGACGAGAAACUGAAAGAUGGUAAAGUGUUGUCAACCGAAGAAGAACAUGUCCUUUUCCAGCUGGAGGAAGGAAUUGAAGCCCUGGAGGCUGCUAUUGAUUACAAGAAUGAGAGUAUUCAGAAUCGCCAGCACUUGCUUAGGUCAUCUUCUCAGAUUCUUUCACAGAGCGAAAAUAAUGUAAUAGGAAAACUAGUUUCCCUGUCUGCUGCUGAGCUCAGAGCUAUCCUCUUUAAAUAUUUCAGCAAGAUUGUUGGCCUACGUCAGUCUGAACGUAAAUUACAACUGCAGAUUGAAGAACAGGAAAUGAAGGUCAUAGAGCAGGAAAACAUAAUACGUGAAUUAGAAUCUGCACUUGAACAUGUCAAGUUGCAGUGUGACAGGCAGCUGACCCUACAACACAAAGAACAUGAGAAAAAACUACAGUUAAUACUGCAUCAUUUCAAAGAACAAGAUAGUGAAGGUAUUGCUGAAACCUUGAAAGGGUAUGAAGUAAAACUCCAGCAACUAGAAAAAGAAUUAUUUUUCUAUAAGAAAACCAGCAGAGAGCUGAAGAAGAAAUUGAAGGGCCUCUUUGGAGAAUCAUCCCAUCAAUUAUUGGCAUCCACUAAAUAUAACAGUGCUGGUGACAAGGCAUCCAGUCAAGAUGAAGCAGAAGUUGCUUCUGAAGAAUUCAAGUCAACACUUCACCCUGAAAACAAUAGUCGACCAGGAAAAACAAAAGAAACAGACAGAACAGGUAUUUUAAGAGUACAGCAGGAUUCGUACAAGCUUGGAGGAGAUGUUUCAGACUUUGGGUGCAACAAAGAAUGUUUGUCAAGCACUAGUGAUGACAAAACAGGAACAGAUGAAGCUCAGCCUUCAGAAUCUCAUCCUCAGCUGCCUUCUGUCAUCCAGAGAAGAGAAACUGUAACACAGUUUCAAGGAGUAACUCCAGUAAAACUAUCUCGCCGAGAGCUGCGUCAUAUUCCUCCCUCUGAAUUGUCUUUGCGACGCUCAAGCCUUGGAGCUGGUGUCAAUUCUAUCGCUCCAGAUUCCAUCGAAAUGGACAAAAAGUCUAGUGUUACUAUGACAUAGUUACUCCUCAUUGCAUUUUUAAUAGCUGUUGCUGCUGAAGCAACUGUGUUAGAUUUCUUUGUUCAUGGUCUUGGGAAGUAUCAACCAUGGAUAAAUGAGUAAGUUCCCUAGCUCCUGAUGCUCACUCUCAAGUCAUUAGGUGUUAUGCUCAUACAGUUUCAGUGAAUCUGAGAUGGAUUUUAAUUAAUACAAUAUCUAAGAACUUUCAUUCAAAGGCCUUUUAACACUGACAAAAUUAUUUUAUAUUGUUUUGGGGUUUUUUUGCAGUUAACUUCAGAAAUAGAAAUAUUUUUAAAAAAUUGCACUGUGAAGUGCACUGCACUUGUGUAACUGACAUGUCCUAGAACAAUAUUGUACUUCACUUUCUUGGGUCAGAAAGAAUAACAAAGUAUUUAAUUUAUUUGGAUAUAUAGCUAGAAAAUUUAGUUGCCAGACUGGCACCUAGUGUUGCUAAUGACUGGAUUCUUUAGGCUUUUUAUCUAAAAACAUUUUAUAUGAGCCAUGUUUGAGAUCAAAAUCGGUCUUAAUGAUAAUUUUUUUCCCUGAAAAGGAACAUAACUUACUUUCCUUUUUCUUCUUUAUGGCUUAUUUAUGAAAAUAAGAGAACUGCUUAUUCCACUUUCUGGUUUGGUUUGUUGGGCUUUUAAAGAAUUGCACUUGCCAACUCAGUGUGGUAUUUAUUUCUGUACUUCUAAAAUGGAAAAAAAAAAAACAAAAAAACAGAGGACCAAAUUCAGCAUCCUGUAGGUAAGCCAGAUGGACCAAUAUAUUAUUUUAUUCAUACUAAUUAGUCCUGUUCUUUCACAGAGAAAUUAUUAUUAUGGGUUCUGUAUCUGCUUCAGAGCAAAGACUACACAUAUCUUUCGGUUUGCUGCUAUACUGUUGUUGGUAAUGCGUUCAGGAUAAAAAGUAAAUCAUUUUUGUAAGAGGAAAGUGGUCACUGAGAAGCAUACGCUUAACAGCUGCACAAACUUGAAGGCAGAAUCCAGAAUUCUGUAUUUGAGAUUAACACUUCUAACUGUAACUCUCCUACAUAAAAAGUGGCAGUACUGAAUGGAAAGUAAGGUUAGUUUUAUUUUAGUGGUGGUGACUUCUGCCAGUCAUGUUUGAAAAUGUUGUCUUAGAUUAUUAGAUGUACUUAGGAAAGGAAUUUUUGCUUUCUGCUAUUGUCUAGGCAAGGUCUUGCGCACAGGAUGUGUGGCGAUAUGUAUAAAACAACUGCAUUUUUCUGUGCUGCAAGCACAGUUCAAAUCUGUCCAUGUUAUGAAGAUGCUAUUAGAGCAUGAUAAAUGGAACUACUGUCUUAUGGCGCAUUUUUAAAUUCUCUGAGUAGACUGCGAAAUAUUUCAUUCUAAUCAGAUAGAUAAUCCACUUAAUAUGUCAAAUGAUUGUAUCUUUCCAAGUAUACCUAAUUAUUAGCUAUUGUUCAGCUGAAUUCUGAGAUAAGGAUUGGGGUCUUUCUUGAUUGUUUUUGGAUUGGGCUUGAUUGUUUUUACUGUCAUGGAAGUACUGAGCCUUAACCAAUGUUAAGUUUAAUAUUAGUGUAUAUAUUGUUCACUUAAUGUUUUCAGUGAAAAAGCAAUAAACAGAAA